AUGCGGAUGCAGCGUUUCAGCCUGCUGCUGGUGCGGCGAUUCAGCGUGCUGCAGGUGCGGCGACUACGCGUGCCGCUGAUGCGGCGCAUCAGCAUACAGAUGGAGCGGCGAUACAGCGUCCUCCUGGAGCGGCGAGUCCGGCCUGCCGCUGGUGCUGCGUUUUCGCAAGAUGAUGGACAGCAGGUUUUGCAAGAGGCUGGAGCCACGCUUGCGUUUGCAGCUGGAGGCGCAGACCAGCCUGGUGCUGGAGCCGCGUCUCCGUCUGCUGGAGUCAGGUUCCCUCAUGAGGCUGGAGCCUCAUUCCAGCCCGACGCUGGUCCGGAGUUUCCGGCUGCUGCUGGAGGCGCAUUCGAGUCUGAUGCUGAUGCAUUCGAUGCUUUUCUGGAAGACGAGGACGAUGGUGGUGGUUAUAACCAGCCAGUGGACCUCGAGGCGCAGCCAGAGCAAGAUCCCGCCAUCCCUGAACCUGGGUACAUGCCUGAGCUGAUGGAAAAUCGUGCGACAGAGUCUGCGUCGCCAACAGUUGACCGUGCAGUGUUUGAGGCCCAGGCCGCGCGAUACCGCCAGCUGGAGCGCGAGCUUAUGCAAGCACGAAAUGAGAUGCGUGCCAUGCAGCGACAACAUGCACCCUCACAACAUGGCACUGGUCAACGCGAUGGGCAGCGGCUCGGCUCCGAGCUCAGCACCGAUGCGGAUGCAGGUGGUUGGAACGAUGCGGCGAACAUAGCAGAUCCAAACGGAGUGCUUUCAGGUGGGGCCGGUGCGGCAAACGGUGGGCGUUUCGAGGCGGCUUCCGCGGCUAACGGAGGGCCGUCAGGAGCUGCUGUUGCGGGUAACGGAGGGCCGUCAGGAGCUGCUGUUGCGGCUAACGGAGGGCCGUCAGGAGCUGCUGUUGCGGCUAACGGAGGGCUACCGGGUGCUGCUGGUGCGGCUAACGGAGGGCGUUAUGGUGCUGCUGAUGCGGCUCACGGAGGGCGUUAUGGUGCUGCUGGGGCGGCUAACGGAGGGCGUUAUGGUGCCGUGCCGCUGGCGGCUAACGGAGGGCCGUCAGGUGCUGCUGGUGCGGCAAACGGAGGGCGUUUUGGUGCUGCUGGUGCGGCAAACGGAGGGCGUUUUGGUGCUGCUGGUGCGGCUAACGGAGGGCGUUUUGGUGCGGAUGCGGCAGGCAAAGACAACUACGAGAUGCGCCUUAACAUACCGCGUCCCUUGGUGUUGGUCGAGCCGAACCGCCCUGCUAUCAUUGACGCUGUCAACAGUGCGUACGCACAUGGAGCUACACUCGACUUGCAUCAACUGACUCAAAUGCAACGGUCGUGGGCGCACCGUUACGCGAUGGCUUUAGCCUCAAUCCCAGCGAAACACAACGGGUUCACGGUAGGCCACGGUUUCCUCAUUGUCCACUCUAUCGCCUUGCUCGUCUCAUGUAAGGUAGCCGUCCCUAGCCCUCAAAACUAG